CACAGUGUUGGUGACAGGCGUUUAGUGUUUUGUUGUUUUAAUUAGUUCCACGAAAGUUUUUACUCUCAAUUACAUGACAUAACCUGUAAAUAAUAAGUUUUACAAAUUGUUACAUAAAUAGUGACUUCCUUUUAAUUAAAUCGCUAUGGAAAUCCAAGGCCAAAACGUUAUACGUGUCGGCUCCAGGAAGAGCGAGCUAGCACUUAUACAAACGAAUUUUGUGAUAGACAGCUUGAAAAAGGUGUAUCCAGAGAAAGAGUUCACUAUUGUAACAAUGACAACCUUAGGGGACCGUAUACUGGAUGUGUCAUUACCAAAAAUCGGCGAGAAGUCGCUCUUCACGAAAGAUCUAGAGGACGCUCUGCGUAGCAGUAAGGUGGAUUUUGUCGUGCACUCUCUGAAGGACCUACCUACUUCUUUACCGGAAGGACUUGCCAUUGGCGCCGUCUUUGAAAGAGAAGAUCCCAGAGAUGCUUUAGUGCUCAGGGAGGAGCUUAAGGAACAUACACUUUCGAGCCUACCAGCAGGAUCUGUUAUUGGCACAUCAUCGCUCCGCCGUACCGCCCAACUGCACGGCUCCUACCCCCAUCUAACAAUAUCAGAUGUGCGUGGCAAUCUCAACACGAGGCUAAGGAAGUUGGACGCCGACGAUCAGAAGUACUCAGCGUUGCUAUUGGCCAGUGCCGGGCUGCAUAGAAUGGGGUGGGGGCAUCGGAUAUCCCGGGUUCUCCCCUGCGCGGAGAUGAAGUACGCCGUCGGGCAGGGUGCACUGGCGGUAGAAUGCAGCAGUAAGAACGAAGCCAUUUUGAAUAUGCUUGCGCCUUUUAAUCACGCCGAGACCUAUUGCAGGAUUCUGGCCGAAAGGAGCUUCCUUAAGACACUGGGUGGAGGUUGCAGCGCUCCAGUAGGCGUAUCAACAACAUUGAAACCCUUUGACUCCCAAUACAAAUUCACCAUAACCGGAGCAGUAUGGAGCCUCGACGGUACCACCAAAAUCGACCAUACACAAACAGAAAUGUUUACACAAAUAAAGAAAACACAAAAACACAAACUCAGCCCUACUGAAGAAUCGGAAAACAAAAAAUUAAAAACCGAUGAUGACAUUUCAAACAAAUUGAACCCUAUUGAAAAGUUAAAUAAAGAUAUUGACGAUAAAAUUAAUAAUUUGAAUUGUGAAGAUUUUGGUGAUAAUUCCAAAGAAUUGACUGAAAAUGUUUUAUUCUGUGGUCUGACAGAGAACCUUAAUAUACCCAUAGAAGUAAUAAAAAAAUGUGAUAGUAUAGGUAAGGAACUAGCGAACGCAUUGAUAGAAAAAGGUGCUUUAGAAGUUAUGAAGGUUACUCAAGACUUGAUUCGAAACUCUACUGCCAAUAAAAGUUCAUGAUUUUUAGAUAUUUUUUUGUUUAUACAGGGUGUAACAAAAUGCGUCAAAUUCUUAUUCAGUUGACGAUCGUACUGAUAAUAAUAACUGCUGGUUAACCGCGGAAGACGAUAAAUAACCCGGUGGCAUUCAUAUGCAUUAAAUCAAUUAAAAAUUAGAAAAAAAUAGUUGUAUUUUCUUCUAAGACGCUGUUUUUAUUUUUCAUAGAAUUACAACGAACUGUUAUUACUUAAAUUUUAUGAGAAAAGAUGGAUAGAUACCCAAAAAUUGUAGCAUUAGUCUUGACUUAUGACGUCACAAUUUUAUUGUUCACGUUUUCACAAAAAAGAAUUGUUCAUAAAAUUACACAUGACAAUCAUCACCAAUUAAAAUGCUAAAUGUCUACUGUCAAAAAGAAAAGUUUUUCAAAAUGGCGAUGUAAAAAUGUUAAUCCGCUCCGGCCGUUGACGAAGAAUAAAGUAUCUCCAACGUUACCAUUCAGGGCAAACAUGUUCACGAAUUUAAUUGUACCCUGUCUUGUGUCGAACAUUUUUUGACUAUGGCUCCGGCUGUUGUAACGUCGUUUAUGUGAUAUGGUAUGGACCUCGUUUGUUAUUAAUACAAACGAGACAAGGUUCAAUUUAUAAGAAAAAUUUUUGACAGUUUGUGUAUGAUAAUUAACUUUAUAAGUCGCAUAUGAAACGAAAUACUGUCGUAACUCAAAAUAGUAGAAUUGAUAAAACACGACUUGAAAAUUUCAAAAAUAUUCGCAAUAAGAUUCAUUCUGUAUUUUUGUUGAACUUUCAAUUUUUAUAUAUAAUAUUUUUAAUAUUUUCAAUUUCAAUUCUUGUUUUCUCGACUCCAUCAUUUUUGAGUAUACGCGACCAGGAUAUGGUUUCAUGUGCUAAGUAAUUUACAGGGUGCUCAAAAAAGUAAGCUAAUACUUUUUGCUCUAUAAUUUGUGACUUCCAAUGCAGAUCAAUGAUAGUGGUUUAUAGUUUUGUAUUGGUAAGUAAUAAGCCGAGUACAGAUAUAUGCAACAUUUCCCAUACAUUUCAAUGUGUUCGUGAACAUACUGCGCGCUCUCGACACGCAUUGCAAAUAAUCUGUAUUGAACUUAAAAUAAAGAGAGAAUUUCCAAAAAGAUACGUGUAAAGUUCUGUUGCACCUUUUGGAACUUCGCCUAGAUAUCUGUUGCUUUUUGUUUAUUUUAAAUCAUUUAUUUUUAGGGAAUAGGAGUUGUUCAUUUUAUAAAGCACAUAAGGUACAUGUUAUGGAACACUUUAUUAUAAAUACGAAAGUCAUGUUUUUUUCCUUAAUGUUUACUGUACACGCACUAUUUAAGUUGGGUUAUGGUUCACUUGACUUGUAGAAAAAUUAAAAAUGCAUUCCAAA